GUGUUUCGAUGAUAAGAAGCACUUUAUCUCUCUUCUCUUCUCUGAUAUUCGUCUGUGGUCACACCUGACUAAACCUUCUUCUGGGUCUGCAUUAAAAACGGUAUAAAAAUAAAAGAGUCAUGAGUGCUGCUGAAGCUGCGUCUGCUCUGGAGGCUCCGGGUUCGAGCAGCAGGUCAGUUCCUGUGGAGCAUCUGGACUACAGCUUCAUCCAGAGCUGCUCGGACCUCAAACAUCUGGAGCAGAUCCUGAGAGUCCUGCGGUCCGGUCAGGACGGGUUCUACCCUCAUCUGGUUGAGUUCUGUGAGAAACACAUAGAGAGACUGGAGCCAAAGUCCCGAGUCCUCAGGAAGGAGCGUGGACCGGCCAGCGCUGGCAGCUUCUCCAGCGAGGAGUGGAGGAACAUCUCUGAAGAUCUGCAGAUGUGGGAGCGUGACAUGAGACUGAAGGAAGCGGAGCUGAAGCGAUGUCCCAGAUACAGCGACGCUGAACACUUUCCCCCGGUUCGAUCCUCAGACGCUUCCGAUCAGAGACGAGUCAGCGCUGCGGUGAAGACUGUGAAGACAUCCUGCGUCCCUCGACCCUACACAGACUGGGACAGGUUUGAUGUGGACACUGAGUGCUCUAACAUUGAUGAGUGUGACAGAAACACACGUCAGGCUUCCAUCCGUCCAGUCGUGUCUGAAAUCACGGCGAGGAUCAACAGCACAGGUCUGAGCGCGCAGGAGAGAGAUGUUCUGGCGCUCCGAGAGAAGGACAAGGGCAACGGAGCCUUCAGGAGCCGAGACUACGAGGAGGCCGUGGUGUACUACAGCAGGAGUCUGUCUCUGGCGCCGUCAGUCGCUGCUCUCAAUAACCGCGCUCAGGCUCACAUCAGACUGCAGCAGUGGAGCACGGCUCUGAGCGACUGUGACGCCGUCCUGCAGCUGGAGCCUGGAAACAUCAAAGCUCUACUACGACGUGCCACGGCACACAAACAUCUGGGUCACCAGCAGCAAUCCCACGCUGACCUGAGAACUGUUCUCCUGAUCGAGCCGCACAACACCACAGCGCAGAAGCUCCUGAUGGAGCACACAGAGAGCGAUCAGCUUCAGGAGACUCGCCCCACAGGCCGAAAGAUCCUCAUUCAGGAAGAGGAUGAAGAGGAGGAGCGUCUGCGGGACGAGAGCGAGCGAGACUACGCUCAGGAGGAAGACAGAGAGGAGCAGGAGGUCAGCGGGGCAGAGAGUGGAAUCAUGGGAAAUCCACUGAAGAUGCCCAGCUGCGUAGACAGACACGUGGAGACAGACACAGCGACCAAUGAGAGUCGAGACGAGUUAGCAGCACAGCCGACACAUGUCGACGCCCACAGCGAAGCUCCGCCCACGGGACACGCCCACCAGAGGAGUGAGGGACACAGACCGUCUGAAGAAACUCUGACAGAGAGACAUACACACAACAACUCUGAACACACAACAGCUGAGUUUGAGCUCCUGAAGCAUGAUGGGAAUGCUCUGGUGCGGAGCGGCUGCUAUCAGGACGCAGUGGACAGAUACACGGGAUGUCUUCAGCUGAAGCCACACGAAUGCAGCGUUUACACCAACAGAGCGCUCUGCUUCAUCAAACUCCAGCGCUUCACUGAGGCCCGACAGGACUGUGACUCCGCCCUUCAGCUCCACCCCACCAAUAAGAAAGCUCUCUACAGACGCGCGCUGGCCAAUAAGGGCCUGAAGGAUUACGUGGCGUGUCGUUCAGACCUGCAGCAGGUGUUGUGUUUGGAUGCGAGUGUGACGGAGGCGGAGCAGCUUCUGAUGGAGGUCACGCAACUGAUGACAGACUGCAGAGCUUCAUCAGGAACUAGAAGAAUCAUCACCAUCAAUGAGGUGGCUGAAGAUGGUGAUGAAGAUGAUGAUGAUGAUGGUAAUGGUGAUGAUGGUAAUGAUGAUGGUGAUGAAGAUGAGGGCAGCGGUGCGGUCGUGUCGUCUGUCUCUCUGCGGUCGUGGAGUGUGUUUGAGUUCGGUCAGGCUCUGAGCAGUGCUGUCUCUGGCGGUGACCUUUUGACCUGUGCUGACCUCCUGCGCUCCGUCGCAUCUGAACGCCUGCCGCAGCUCAUCAGCACACAGCUGGACGGACACACACUGGGCUUCAUCAUUCGAGCGCUGCACACACACCUGCUGCACACACACCCCGAGCUGGUGUUCCUGCACCUGCAGCAGCUGCACACGGCACACAGGCUCACGAUGGUGCUGAUGCUGUUGAGCGCUGAGGAUCGCACACACCUCUCACAGAUCUUCCAGAAGCUUCAUGCAGUGCAGACUGAAGCUUUCUCACAAAGUGACGUCUCAAACCUGGCCAACAAAUACAUGUGACGCUCCUUCAGCCUUCCCAUGAUGCCACACUCCUCUCCAGCCGAUGGCUCUGUGACGGGAGGAAGCAGGACAGACACUCCUCACUGUCACUCUUACUCUGUAGUUCUCUGUUCUUGAUGUGAGAUGAUUUUAUUGCUUUGUUGAACUAUAAACGAGUGUUCAGGUCAAUAAUCUUCUGUCUCAUGUUUAUGGAUGUUUCUGUUCAUGUCCAGUGUUUCAGCAGAGCUUCUCAACCCAACACAAACAUUAAUGCAGUAUUAUUAUUAUUAAUGCUACAAUCAUAUCUUCUGAACCACUACAUUUCUUACUAAUUUUGUGCUGCUGAUUCUGCAUGUUUUUUUCUCUUUUACAUCACUCUUUCUCAUUAAAUAUGAAGCAGUGUUGCUUUUGAGAAUGA